GCGCGCCGGCCCCUCGCCCGCACGAGCUGGGAAAUCGCUCGUCGCUCGCCUCAGUCUGGCUCGACCGUCGUAUAGUACCGACGCGUAGUUGCCGCGACACACUCGCCCCUCGCGAGCCUCCGUUCGAAUACGCAUACGCGCCUCAGAUAUUCGAAAACCGAGCGCGCGCGGCGAAAAUAGUGAGCUCGUGGUCCGCUCGUGGCCUUCUAGCGGCCGGGAUCGGUCUAGCAGGUUGGAAACCCAGUGGUAGGUGCGGGCAGUACGAUGCUGCCUGCACUGGUGUUGCUGGUGCUGCUGGCGCCCGCGGGGCCCGCCUUCGCUCGCCGCCACGCGCCCGACCUGCGGGAGGACGAGCCCGCAAGACGCACCACCAGACCGGCCGAAUGCCAGUUCGGCAAGCAGGCGAAAGAGCUCGGUUCGACGUGGUACGCAGACCUUGGCCCGCCGUUCGGUGUCAUGUACUGCAUCAAAUGUGAGUGUAUAUCGGUGCAAAAGAAGCGUCGAGUAGUGGCCAAGGUGCACUGCCGCAACAUCAAGAAUGAGUGUCCGGAACCAUCAUGCGACACCCCCACGUUGCUGCCUGGAAGAUGCUGCAAGACAUGCCCGGGCGAUAUAGAUUCACCAGAUAUCGUCCAAGAAGACAGCCCUACCGUUGUCAUUACUACUAAUGAAGACGAAGAGCUUAGUAUGAGACAUUUUGGAGCUCUAUUGACUGGUCGAUCACCUUUAUGCAUAAGGCGAGAUGAUAUGACGGGGGUGCCUGUAGCUUCAGGCGUUGCCACAGCUCGCUUCACGUUUCGGCGCCGCCACUUAUUCUGGUCCGUUUUACUUGGCCCGUCCAUGAUCAUUCAACCACGCUCCUUGGCCUUCCUAGACAGAGGUGGACGUAUGCUUCUUGAACAUCCUCUGAAGAGAGCUCCCGGGAUUCACGCCACUUACGAGGAAAAGACCGAUAAGCUGUGUGGCGUCUGGCGUCGAGUUCCCAGAGAGUAUAAGCGUUUAUUGAGAGAAGGCUCCUUGUAUGUGGCGUUAAUUUGGGGUGACGAGCGGAACAACUCAAUGGAUAGUGCACUUAGUGGCAGAAUAAACAGGUACCCGGCGCUUUCUACGGAAAUGUUUACAUCUCUUCUCGAACCUGAACAUGCCCCUACCGUGAUCACAAAAGGUCCGUGCGAUGACUACCGUAUGCCAGGCCAGGAGGAAGGCUGGUGGGGAGGUACUGCUGUCGUUACUGGUGCAGCUGGAGCAGCCCCUAGCUUACAUCUGGCAAUAAUCUAUAACGGAGUCUUCACGCCCGCUUUGCGAGACCAAUCUGUUAGAGUCUUGUUGACGCUUCCGGACAGAAAUCAGACAAUCAUUGAUGAGAUUCAGAAAAUUAACAAACCAAGCUACGAGUUGAAUGUUCUGGAAGUGUCAACACCGGUUUCUGCAGCUGAGUUACGUUCAUUGUCGAGAGGGCGACUGCUUCUAUCUGUGGAAGCGUUGGGAAUAGUGGAGAGACGGAUUUCUGGAAGCGUCAGGCAAAGAGCUGCAUGUGAGGUCUUCCAUGCACCGUUGAUGGCUGAAAGACCACCUGCGACGCUUGCACCCGAGGGUCUUGCCUUGCUUUAUAUUGAUAAAGAUGGAUCACUUGUCUAUGAUAUACAGAUAGAAAAUUUGAGCAUAACGGAUCCUAAGAUAACUCUUGUGGAAGAGCAAGGCAAGCGUCAUUCGCAAGUUGAAAUACUGGAUACCAGGAUGGGAGUACUGGCUAGACCUAGUGCCCGUAUAUUCCCUCCACUUUAUGAAGACCAACUUGCUGUUCAUAUUGGAUCAGAUACAGGUCCUCCUAUGUUGAGGGGUCGUUUAUUAUCAAGGUCCUUACCAGAUGCUGCAAGUUCGGGACCAGCAUUACUGAGGCGUACAGAUGCUCGUAUGCCACCUACCAUCAACCCGGUUGCUGGGCUCGCCUGGCUAGCAGUUGAUUCUUUGUGUGGAAUUAAUUAUGAGGUGGUUGUAAAUGGAUAUUCUGGUGCGUGGUCCACUUGGCUGGAGAGUCACCCCUUCAGUAGCAGUGGUCCGAGGGUCUUGGCAGGAUUAGAGGGUUCGGUUCUGGAGCCUUCUUCAGCGGAGUUAGCAGCCUUGAAUGCAGGCUCCGCUUACCUCAACGUCCGCUCCUCUGACAAUGACACGGAAUUCUUGCGCACGCGGUUGCAUCAGAUAAGCGUGCCAGCCUCGUGUCUCCCGGCAGGGUCUUACUCGAAUGAUGUUGGUUCUAACUAUGUACCAACACACAUGAAUUCGCCGCCACCGGACAAUUCUCUUUCCAACACUGCAUCGUGUUAUUACGCAGGAAAAUCGUAUGAAGAUGGCACGCAAUGGAUGUCUACUGAGUCCUGUCACAUGUGCGGAUGCGUCCACGGGAUAUUGCGAUGCGACGCGGUGCGAUGCCCACCUGUUAACUGUGCUGUGCCUACAAUCCAACCGCCAGGACAAUGCUGCCCUAUUUGUACUAAUUCGUCCACAGCGGUCUGGAACGAGUCUCACGGCUGCCAUCUUGCGGGACAAUAUCAUGCGCCAGGUUCUUCCUGGCACCCAUACCUGGUGCCGGGCGGGUACGACACGUGUGCGAUAUGCACGUGCGAGUUCUCCACGCGCCAGGUGCGGUGCCCACGGGUGAGGUGCCCGCCGCUCAGGUGUGCCGAGAAGGACGCCUACAGACCAGACAAGAAGGCCUGCUGCAGAGUUUGCCCAGAGGUAACCAAGGUGAAAACAAAAAAGACGGAAGAAGAGACGCCAAAGGACCAAGGAGCGCCACGUACGGCUGAAGAGAUUCUCGCCGAAGGAGGCUGUAUAUUCCCAAAUGGUCCUCUACCCAAUGGCAAGGAAGUGCACCCGUCGAUACAUUCGCACGGGGAACAGAGAUGCGUCACGUGCAGGUGCAAGGACGGCGAGGUAACGUGCAUACGCAAGCGCUGCGGGCGGGCGACGUGCGCGCGGCGGCGGCGCGGAGACGCGUGCUGCGCGUGCGCGCGCCACCGCCGCCAGCGCGCGCCGCGCCUCGACGCGCCGAGCUGAGCGCCGCGCGCCGCGCCGCGACUCCCGCGCACCCGCGCACACCGGCCGCUGUCGCCCGACACAGUAUUACUGCGCCGGAACCCCCGUCUAUGUCCCAGACUGCUCCUAGGCUAAGUGAGUGAACGCUUCGCUCUAUAGACUGAUAUAUUUUUAUGUUCUCUUGCGAUUCGAAUGUGUCUAGUUUAGUCGGUGGUGCGGCGGUCGGCCGAGCGGCGACGACGGCUCGAAGCGGUGCGCCUCGUCGCAUACGGCGUUUGAAUAUUCAAUUCCCACCGGUAUUUUAAUUGGUAUUAUGUCCAGAAAAUUGUAGGCGCACGGAGUGCUCGGUCGGCAGGACCCGAGGGAGCGCGUCGGUCGUCCGACUCGACCGCACGGAGAGACAGGAACGUGAGCGCGGUCGAUGAUGUUAAAGAUGUGCCAUAUUUUCUUAAUGUAAAUAAUAAAUUAUUAAACUUUAUUUUACCUACGUGCAUAUUUAUUUACAACUCUAAUGUAUAGUACACGGUAUCGUAGCGAUCGUACCUUGUCACGUGGAAACCAUCACAACUAUUAUUGUCGUCGAUUCGAUCAUCUCUAUUUGUGCAUUUGCUUGUAGUUUGUAUAUCUUUACGUAAUACCACAUUUGUACAUGUUACAUAUUCGGUAAUUUUUACCGUAUUUAAUAAGCCUGUGUUAACUUUAAUAUGUAAGUAAACUUAAGUAGGUAUCCAUAACUUAAGUUCGAUUUAAUCUUGCGGGAAUCGGCCACAGCAGAUUUUGUAAAUACCUUAUUCAUACGUUGUUCUACUUAUGUAAUUCUAUACUAUAAUGCCUAAUGAUAUUUUACGUUUAAUGAGCUGUUAUAGACCGUUAGCAUGGUUACACACCGUUAAAAAGCAAUUAAUUAGAUAUAGUUUACGUAAUCUUGACUAGUUUUGUUUAAUUAUUAGGUAAACAGUUUUAUAGUUACGUAAUUAAGGAAGCUAGUCCAAAUGUGUUGAUGUGAUGGAUAUAAAUGCCAUGUAGCUAGAAAUAUGUCUGCUUUGAUUGAUAUUGAUAUACAUUAUAAAUAUUAUUAUUUUAUUAUAAACAUCUAAAAGUAUUUCGCUUUUACGGCACAAAAUUCGGGGUGUACUUUUGUGAAACAUUGCCAAAAAUUGAAAACUUUUAUAAAGGAUUAUUGUGUUUGUUGUGGGAUCUAGUCCAUCAAAAAUUUGUGAAUGUAUUAUAUUGUUAUACUCACGUUAUUGGCUAUCUUUAUUUUAUGAUUGACGUAAUUAGAAUAUGAUUCAUAAAGAACACGAUUUAUUUUGGUUGUAGUACAUAAUCUAACAGUAGGAAAUAAUCACCUAUGGCUUGCGAAUAACAAAACUAAUAGCCAUAAAGGGUACUAUAAAGUUGCUUGUGUUGCAUUGUUUUUAUUUGAUAAAUAUUAUAUUUUAGUAGCUCACUCAUUAUAUUCUCCCUCACUAUACAAAGGGAUCGACUGUUUUUUUUUUGGUUCAAAAUUUUAUCAAAUAUUUUGGCGUCCAAACUUGUAAAAUUAAAUUGCUUUGACUGGUGUAACUGGUCAAAAUUUCUGUACAACAUCAUACAAUUUUAGUAUGCAUUAAAUUAUCUGUGAAUUCUGGA